AAGGUGGCGCUGUGCAAGGCUCAGGUGCACAAGGUGAAGGUGCACAAGGUAAUACCUAUCCUGGGAUGUUUCUCAUGGUUGAGGAUGUGCAUGGGCAUGAGGGUGAUGUGGGAUCUGUAGGAAAGGUUGUGAUGCACCCUCUCACGCACUGGGUGAUUGAUUCAGGUUGCACCAGUCACAUGACCCCACGGGCAGAUAUGCUUGAUGAGGUAAAACCCCCUGGAAAGAUUAAGUAUGUGGCAGCAGCGUCAGGUGUUUUGCUCCCUAAAUUGGUGAAGGACGGGAGCCUGAAGGGCUUGGAGGUCAAGGGAGGAGUGAAGGAGAUUGGGAGCUGCCCUACAUGCUUGGAGACCAAGUUCUCCAAGUUCCCCUUCAACAGCACUACAGGACCAGCCAAGACCCCACUUGCACUUGUGCACAUGGAUGUGGUGGGGCCCACAAGAGCCCCUUCCCUCUCAGGCAACCGCUAUUUCUUGACAAUUGUGGAUGACCACACUCGGGAAGUGUGGGUUUACCCUUUGAAGAGCAAGGGGGAGGUGGCAGCGGCUGUCCUUAAGGAGUGGAUGCCUAGAGCUCAGAGGGAAUGCGGACACAAGGUGAAGGUCGCCCUUGUGAAGAACAGGGUGGUGGCUACAGUUGGGGAUAAGGAGUGGAUCCCAUAUACCAAGUGGUAUGGGAGUGCUCCAGCUGUGAACAUGCUGAGGGCAUUUGGGUGCCAUGUGGUGUUUCAUGUGCCUAAGGAGAAAAGGGGGAAGUUGGAGGCUUCUGGAAGAUGGGGUGUGCACUUGGGGAUUGCAAAGGAUCACAAGGGGUGGCUGCUAUGGGACUUGACCACCCAGAAGUUGACAGUGUCAAGGGAUGUGAAGUUUCUGGAGUCCCUGUACUACAAGGAAUGGAAGCAGCAGCAACAGAAGCUUCCAUCUACACCGCUCAUUGUGGAGGCAGGCCUUCAAGACAGGUGGAGGUUGCAGUGUCUGAGGAGGAGAUGUCUGGGGUGACUGAGGAAGGGGGAGCAGCUGAAGUGGAGCAGCAGCAGCAACAGCAUGAGUCUCCACCUCGAGUUCCACACCCGCCUGAGCGAUCUAGGAGGGAUGUGCGCCCUCCGGUGAGGCUGACCUAUGGGGGAAGAGGCAAGCCGAAUGUGGUGCAGGCUGGGAGUGUGGUUGAGCAGAUUGAGGAAGAUGAGAUUGCAUUGUGCUA